GUUGAAGAGGAGCAAAGUUCAGCCGCCAAUGUCAGGCACGGAGGAUUAGACCGGCGCCAGGACCUUUUGGGCCUAGACGUAUGGAGAAGGUGCCCAUAGCUGCAUAAGGCGUUCGUCAAGCGCUCAGAGUGGUCGCGGGCUGGGCUGCUGCGUAACAAACAACCCCAAGCUGCAGAUGCAGCGCCGUUGCUAAGGACAAGGAACAGAGGGCGUCAUCAAACACCAGCAUUGCACAGACAGCGCCAGCACACCACGGCUUUGCGACGUCGCAGUUUUUAAGUACUCCUUUGUCGCUGUCCCGGCAUUUCCGCUCCUUAUACAUGUCCGCGCCGCUCCUUCCCACCCACGCUCCUUACCAUGGCUGCCUUUGCGUCGCCGAUGCGACUGGCACCGCCCCUGACGCCGCGACGCGUCCCAUCGCCAAUGAUGUCGCCCGGAACCCGCAGAGGACGCAUGCUCGGUAGCUCUGAAGAGAGCUACCUCCGCGACCUCUCCCCCGAAACCACCCUGCGCGCCUUCGCCGAAGAGCCUGUGCCGUUCGACACGACACGCGACGAAUACAAGAUCUUUGCGUGCAUCGACAGCCUCACCGCCGCCGAGCGCGAUCUCGGCACACGUGUCGCCAAGGCUGCACAGCGCCUGAAGAGCUGGUGCGCUGAAAUCGAGCAAUGGGGCUGGACCGGCGGCUUCGAGCAGCCGAGCGAGGAGGAUCAGGAGAAGCGUCGCCGCAGUCUAGAAGGCCAUAUUGCGGAGCACGUUGUGGGUGCAGAUGCGUUGGCACCGCUGCAGUACCUCGGCUCGCUCCUAUCGGCCGAGCUGGACCAACAUGAGGCACGGUUGGACGACAUGAGCGAGGAGCUGUUGACGCUGGACGUGGACGAGCUCAAGGAGUAUGUGCUGGACAUGCACCCUCAGGGCAGGUCGCGUCCCGGCUCCGCCUUUGGCACCAAUCGCUCCAGCUAUCGGCCAAUGGACGACUUCUCCUUUCUGAUUACGCAAACGCUGCUCUCCGCCCUUCCCCACCACGCCCAGCUCAAGGACCGCCUCAACACGUGGACUGCACGAGUCUCCGUUCUCCGUUCCGCUCCUCGCUACCUCGAUGAUCUCAAACAGGCCCAGAAGGCUAUGAGCCUCGGCUGGGACGCCCUUGAGCCACCGAAAGACACAUCAGAUGUCGCCUUCAGUCAAUGGAAGGAGGCUGUUGACACCAUAUCGGGCGUACUGCGGACCAAAGUCAGUGACCUGGGACAACGUCUCGAUAGAAUGUUGGAUACUUUGGAAGGUCGCGACGACUGCCUGCCCGACCGCUGGAUCGAUGUGUUUGAGACUUUGGAGGUUGAUUAUGGUCGAUGGAUGCCGGAGUCUACACGAAGAGUGAUCGAGUUUGACGUGCGUCGGCAAUCGAGUCAUGAGAAGCAAGGGGAGUCGCAGAUCAAGCAGAAACCAGAAGUGCAUUCCGAAACACUCACCUCCCCACGAACGUCACUCUUGCCUAUCGAUAAACGCGUAAUUCAACUCUCGACAGAGCCUCAAUUGCCUCAGCUCAAGAUCGUCGAGGGCAACUUGCAAUCGCACUCAGCAGCUAUCGAUUCAGUCGAUACACUUGACGACACCGCAAGCCCCACGCCAAUUGCAGCAUCAGACGAGCCGGCUCUCGAAGGUGUGCCGCAGGAUUCACCUAUCGCAACGAGCCCGCCGCUCGAAGAGAGCUCUUCGUAUGCACACCCGACUAUUGUCGUCAACCCUGUCAGCCCUGAGGGUCCAGGCGACCAUGCACAACCAUUCACAGGCACACCUCUUCAGAAGAUCAGCUUUGAGACCGCAUCACCAUCCACUGAUGGCGACUACGAGUUUGAUGAAGGUGAUACUGUCGUACACAACCAAGAAGAAGAGAGCCCAGGCGCCGUGCGCGUGGUCGCCAGCUACGAAAGCCUGUCCCACAUUCCAAUUUACGAGGAUGGCAGUCCUACAGAUUUCGUGCAAAAGUUUGACCCUAAAUCGUUCGAACAAUCUCCGGUCCUCAACUCUACAGACGGCACGGAUGGCGAAGCACCGCAGACCCCCCGUUCGCGCCGCCUAAGCACGAGCUCUGUCUCGUCCAGCACCUCUUUCGACUCGAGUCCCGUAAGUGCUGUCGAGGAAUCACCCACUGCUCGCACUGCUGGGAACCGUGCUAUCCGAGCUCCCCGGCCCGAACUCAACGCGGCCAUGUCGAAACGUCGACCAGCAAAGGGCGCGGCUUUUCCCAAAGUCGAGAGCGCGCCAUGGCCACCAACACAGUUCAGUGACAAGAAGCCUGCCACAGUCGAUGAUCUCGAACGUAAGAUAUCGGACAUACUAACAACAAUUCCGGCGCACAUCCGCCUCACCUCUGGACCAGGGGCAGAUGCACCCGAAAUCAAAUCAUCUCGCGGCGUUGGCCACAAAGGUAGUAGGGGAUAUCUACGUGCUGCUCGCUCAGCGAGUGGCCUGAGAACUCCCCAACUUACUUUGUCGCCCGUCAAGAAUGAGUUUGAGAGUGCUAAUCCCGGAGCAGGACGCAAAUCUGCAAACGCAAGACCUGACAACGAUAUCAAGCUGUACCACCUCACACAGCCUGGCAAAGACCAGCCCAUCAAGCUAUUCAUCCGCAGGGUCGGUGAGAACGGCGAACGCGUUAUGGUCCGAGUUGGUGGCGGCUGGUCUGAUCUGGGCGAGUACCUGCGCCAGUAUGCUGAGCACCACGGUCGUCGCACAGCAAGCGAAGGCAAAUUCGAAGUCCUCGGUCUUGAGGUACAAAGCUCGGACAUUGCACCCACAAGACCUGGAAGUGCCACGAGCACAACGCGCCGCUUCAGCGGAGGCGGCCGUAAGACACCAAACACUACACCAGAUAGCAAGCUCGCAGGACUCGGUAUCUCGACCGAGUCGCCGCCUCCCCCCAUGCCUAGGUUCGAACGCGACUCGACACCCGCCAUCGCAGAGGAAGAAUCCAGCCCUCCUUCAAACAACUCCCAGAAGACCUGGCAAGGGACAGAAGUCGGGCUCGCCGGCCCCAAGACUAAGAAAGUGGAACUUACCGGCGACAAGCUGGAAUGGAUCGAAGGCAUGAUGAAGCAGGCACGCACAGUCAGCAACAGCAACCUCGGCGUAGCCAUGAAAGAAGACGAGAGAGGCGAAGGCAGGAGCAAGAGCAGAAGCGAAAGUCGCUCCGCGAGCCGCUCCACCAGUCGGGCGGCGGCGAAGAGGCCGGUCCAGGAUUUCGUCGACCUAGGCAAGACCGGCAGCACCAGGAGGGUGUUUAUGAGGGGCGGCGCAGGCGGGUCCAGUGAACGCCUGAACGAGCGCUGAGCGCCCGUGUGCAGAGGAGGAUGCAGUGUUGCAUCUGGUGCGUGGUGGACUACUAUUCGUAUUGAUACCCAGGAUAUAGAUAUAUGGAUUGGAUUGUGGUUGGAGGUGGAGCGGGAUGGGACCGCAUUUCUGGCGUCUGCUUUGGCAUGGAGAGAACCAGUGCAUUGGCACACACAGAGACGAGCCCUAGACGUACAGAGACGAAUGCUCAGGCAUAAGAGACGAGAUAGGCAUCAGAACCAGACCGAGAGGUUCACAUGACCGUUAAGUAGCAAUACAGGAUGAACGACUGUACCGAA